AUGCAGGUGAAUUUCCCAGAAGACAAAAUUGAUUUGUUUGAAAAAAAUUUUAACUUAAUUGAUAACAAUAAUGAUAAAAAAAUUAGCGCAGAAGAAUUUAAAAUACUCAUACGUGUCUUAGGACAAACAAUAAGUGAAAAAGAUUUGGAUGAAAUAAUUAAUAAGCAUUUUGAAGAUGGUAUAGAUGAAUGUGUUAAAGACCAAAAGGAUAAUGAAGAAAAAAAUAAUAAAUCUUUUAAUAAUGUAAACAAAAAAGUUGAUAUUAAAAAUUUAAUAUCCAAAAUUAAUAAUAUAAAAAAUAAUGAAGAAAAAACACAAAAUAAUUUAAUUAAAAAUAAUGAUCAUUUAAAUCAAAAAAUAAUAAAUAAAAAACAUAUUAAUUUUGAACAAUUUUUAAAAAUUUUUAUGAAUAUAUAUUCUCAACCUAUAUCAUUACAUGAUUUAAUUAAAUAUUUUCAAAUAUUUGAUAAUGAAAAUAAGGGUUAUAUGGAUAUCGAGAAAUUAAAAUAUAUGCUAACAAAUUCUGAUGAAAAAAUUACAGAAGAGGACUUUAAAUUGUUUUUGGAUUCCAUAAAUUCCAAAAACAAAGAUACAAUUGAUUAUGUUAUUUUGUCAAAAAUGAUAAAAAAUUUAUCUUAA